AGUCCACAUAGUGCCCGCAUUACUCUUAGGCGGUAAGAGCCCAUUUAUCAGCGUCAUUGGAGGGGCAGCACGAUCGCAAUACACAUUCUUCGCCCAGCCCAUCAUGGUCGACACGACUCAAAUGGAGGAGCUCUUGAAAAGGCCUCUCUAUGUGUACGAUCUGCCGCCGGAACUUCUUGCAAGCUUAACGGCCAAGACCACAAGUCAACCUGUCGCUGAAGAAGAACCCGGACCCUCUCCGAUAGAACUUGAACUAGCAGCGCAGGACUCUGCGAUCGCAACCUCCACACUAUGCUCCCUCUGCAGGGUCUCUUACAACAGCGUACAGGAACAGCGUAGCCAUGUUCGCUCGGACCAUCACCGGUAUAACAUCAAAGCCCAGCUACGCGGGAAUGCGCCUCUGGAGGAAGUCGAAUUUGCGAAGGCGAUCGGAGAACUAGACGAGUCUAUAUCUGGUUCUGAGUCAGAGGAGUCAGAGGAGGAAGAGGCAGAAGGGACCGCGGGCACAACGCUGUCCGCUCUGCUGAAAAAGCAGGCCAAGCUGUCCCACCCGAAUGAGGACCCGGAUAUGACCGAGACACCAAUCACUCCGAAGCACCCCAUAUUCUGGCUAUCUAGCUCGGGAUUGCCAUCAAACAAGUCCCUAGGCGUCUACAGGGCCAUUUUCUCAAAUGCCGAGCAGGAAGAUCCCGCUCACCUGGUUGAUACUCUGCGACGAAAGCAGCUUGCGCCAAUCAAAGCGCGCACCAACAAGGCAAGCAACGUGCCGGACCCCGCUGCUUCUGGCCCGCACAUUUUCAUGUGCAUGAUCGGCGGUGGCCACUUCGCAGCUAUGUUGGUUUCUCUAGCACCGGAGAUUCACCGAAAGCAAGGUGGAGUGGAAGACAGGCAGGCUCGGGUCAUUGCGCACAAAACGUUCCACCGAUACACGACGCGUCGAAAGCAGGGUGGCUCGCAGUCUGCUAGUGAUGCGUCACGCGGUGCUGCGCAUUCGGCUGGUUCAAGUCUGCGCCGGUACAACGAGGCUGCACUUGAGAAGGAUAUUAGAGAGGUGUUGUCAGAUUGGCGAGAGAUGAUCGAUACAGCCGAGCUGUUGUUCGUCCGAGCAACGGGAAAGACAAAUCGAAAGACUCUUUUCGGUCAAUAUGACGGGCAGGUCCUCAGGCAGAACGACCCCCGAAUUCGAGGGUUCCCCUUCAAUACUCGCCGCGCAACUCAAGGAGAGCUCAUGCGGUCCUUCAAGGAGUUGACCCGAUUGAAGGUCAGUGAGGUGGACCAAGCUGCACUGGCUGCGGCUGAAGCCAAGCGGCGAGAGGAGGAAUCAAAACCAUCUACGCCUGUUCAAAAACCGCAACCACAGAAGCCGAAGCUCUCGAAAGAAGAGGAAGCUGCCUUGUUGCACACAUCCCAACUGCAGGCACUCAUUCGCCGCUCAAAGGUCCCCGCCCUCAUGUCCUAUAUUUCAAACAACUCCAUACCCUCAUCUUUCACAUUCACGCCCGGCGACACGCCACAAAACUUCCGAUGCCCCACACCCCUCCAUCUCGCCGCAAACCUUGAUACACCAGCCGUAGUCACGGCCCUCCUCACAAAAGCUGGAUCUGAUCCAACGGCAGUCAACAACGAAGGCAGAACUCCAUUUGAACUCACCGGCGACCGAGCCACGCGCGAUGCCUUCCGCAUUGCCCGCCACGAUCUCGGCGAGUCAAAAUGGGACUGGGAAGCAGCCAAGGUUCCAUCAGCAGUCUCCAAAGCCGAGGCCGACAGCCGGGCCGAGAAAGAACGCAAAACUACUGAGGAGGAAGAAUCCGCCCGGCGCAAGGCUAGCUUGGAUCGUUUGAAACGCGAGGAGAUUGAAAAGGCGGCACAGCCGAGAACGACUAAAUCUGGUGGUCGUACUGUGGGCGCCGUUGAGAAGUCUCUAGCCGAAAGGAGAGAUGAGGAGACUAGAGGUAUGACGCCUGAGAUGAGGAUGCGGUUGGAGAGAGAGCGCAGAGCGAGGGCUGCGGAGGAGCGCUUCCGGAGAAUUCAAGGUCAAUGA